AGUGACCGAGCGCUGCCUUUGAUCCAAAAGGCAUAAAUACCCUGAAACAGUUACCUAGCGACAGAACCUGCCAGCUUGAUAUUGCGGUUAGAAACGGGUUUUUUUGCCCAGCUGUAAAACUUUAAAUAUAUUUUGAAAUAAUGGUUUCGGUUUCGGAUUCGGAGUCGUGUUCGUCGUCUUAUGACAGUGUUGAGGGUUUACAAAUGUACUCCCUCAUUAAAAGUAAAACAUGUAAAUACAUGGUAAAAAGUCUCCUCGGACAAGGAACUUAUGGGCGAGUGGUGAAAUGUGUAAAAUUAGACACAUUUGAAACGGUAGCAGUCAAGAUUGCUAAAAGGGAACGCAACAGGAUGGUUUGGAAAGAGGCCGCGGCUGCCAAAAAGAUGAGUGCUUUGGAUAAGGAUCGGUGCAAUUUGGUAAAGUACUACGAAAUUUUCGAGUACAAAACUCGCGCCUUUAUAUCAGUGGAAAUGCUAGACAUUAGUCUGCAUGAUUUCUUGAAGCAAAGGCACUACAAUCCACUGGCUCUGAAUGAGAUUCGGGUGAUUUUAAACCAGAUGUUUGUGGCUCUUAGUGCUCUGAAGAGCAUAGGUAUAAUGCAUGCAGACAUCAAACCCGACAAUAUCAUGCUUGUCAAUCAUUCUCAACAGCCGUUUAAAAUUAAACUUAUUGAUUUUGGUUUUGCCAUGUAUUCUGCAAACCUUCCACAUGGCGCCAUAAUUCAGGCCGUUGGUUACAGGGCCCCUGAGGUCAUGUUGGGCAUACCUGUGACUGAAUCGGUAGACAUGUGGGCUCUUGGUUCUGUCGCAGCUUUUCUCUACUUGGGCUACCACCUGUUUCCCAUCAAGUGUGAAUAUGAAAUGAUACGAAGUCUUGUUCACAUGCUUGGUCAGCCUGAAGAAAAAAUGUUAGAGAAAGGGAUGCACAGCAACAAAUAUUUCUGGAAGAGAAAAGGGAUAAUGAAACACACAUGGGUACUGAAGACACCAGUUCAGUAUUCAGUAUCUACAGGCACUGUGAUCAAAAAAAGUAAAACAAUCACAAAAAAGUUCACAAGCAUAGAAAAUUUAGCCAAACACCACCCACAGCCAGACACAGAAUCCGAAGUGGAAGACACAGUGGCAUUUUUAAGCCUGCUCAAAUGGAUGCUGUGUAUGGAUCCUGUCAAAAGAAUCACACCCGUUGAGGGUCUGGGACAUCGUUUCAUUACAAUGAAACAUCUUCCCGAGGAUCCUGCAAUAGAUUGCUACGCGGAGUCAUCCCGCAUGAGCAUGAAAGUGUGCCCACCCCUCAGUCUAGAAAAUGAAAUCGAAAACUUUGUUACUUCGAGUGAAAUCAUAAAAAACAGAAAACAGAGCGGUGGACAAUUUGGCCUGUCUUCCACUUUUGACAGCUGUGCGACUGCAGUUGAAAUCCAAAGAAACCGACAGAAAAGAGAAGCUGCACGCAAAAAGAAUCAGCUUGCAUUUAGGCUUGCAUGGCAUGCAAAAGAUGACAUGUCUUGCAAGCUAGGUGACAAACAAAAGCCUGGGAUGACCCAAAAACCGCUGGUAGAAUCUCCCUCUAAAUCCAGUGAUUCUAGCAUGGCAUGUUCAUGUUCAUGUGGCUGUUGCUGUACAAGUACAGACAGCAAAGAAGGAAAAGUCAACGCAGAGCCUUCUAAAGGUCGGACUUCAUUAGGGAAAAGAAUCAAAAACUUUUUCUUAAGGCUGUUUUGCUUUUCUUCAAAUACUGAAGAAACUUAAAAUCAACCCUCCCCUACCGGUCAUGGCAGAUGACCGCCCCUUCCUGAGCCUGGUUCUGUCACAGGUUUCUUCCUGUUAAAAGGGAGUUUUUCCUGACCACCGUUGCCAAAGUGCUUGCUCAUAGGGGAUCAUCAGAUUGUUGGGGUUUCUUUCUUAUAUUGUAUAGUUUUUACUCUACAGUAUAAAAUGCCUUGAGGCAAUUGUUUUUUGUUAAAAAUUGUUUUUGUUUUUUAAAAAUGCAAAAAAUAAAAUGUA